AUGUCCAAGUCCAAACAAGCAGCAGACAAAGUGACUGUCAAUUCUUUUAAGUUCUACAAAUCAGCAGGUAUGUACAGCAUUAUUCCAGCAAUGCAGCAAAAUGGGAUAAGUGCUACAAUUCCCACGCUCGUAAAGCAAUUUCGAGUCAGUUACUACAUGCAAUAUAUUCCAACGGCUUGGUUUAUAAUCAUCAUCAGCUUAACGUGGAUAGGCUCAAUGGCUCUCUUCAGCAUACUAGUCAUCAAGCAAGGUGCUUUUUACUUCAAUUCUACAGGAAUGCAUGCCUGCGAACCGUUCUACCCUAAAGCAUCGUUACGAAUAUUAGCCGCUUGCGGGUUUUAUUUUCCUACAACCAUGAUUUUGAUGUACUGUUACGGAUCGGCUUUCGAUGUGAAUAAACUAGGAUUUAAGAGGACGACUGUUGAGUGUAGUGCCGUGAUGACUUCGUCGAUGGAAGUUGAACAAUCCAGUAGUAUAGAAAAAUUUUUGAGAGUAUUGAAGUUUUUUCCCGAAGAAAAUGAAGAAGAUUCUUGGAAUUAUCUCAUAAAAUUUUUCUUCAUGUACAUAGCAGUUGCUGUUUAUUUUUGCUUUGUUUUAUGCUACUUCAUAGUUGGAGUUAAGAAUCACUUUGACAUCGAUAUAUUGAAAUUUAGUGUUGUCUGCAUUGUAUCAUUUAUAGGAGUAGCUUGGAUAAAUAUUUGCUGCUUCAAAAAUCGUCAUCUACUUAUCCAAUUGGGACAAGCGGUGUCCGAUUUCACUACAUUCGAAAAACCUCCAGGAUUUGCUAAAUUCAAUCAAGAAAUGAAUUUUUAUUCGAAACUUCAUUUGCUAUAUUUGAGCAUAGGAUGCUUGCUAUAUUUUAGUGUAUUUGCCCCGUUGCGUAUGCACAAAUGUGAAAAAUUAAAUGAGCGAAAGCACUUGAGUGAAUUAUGCUCUUUGAUAGUACCAAUGUACAUACCUCUAAUUAAAUAUGAGAAUCUUGGAAAAUACCCUACAGUCUAUGUCAUUGAUAUGAUUGAAUUUAUAAUCUUAUUACAUACUUAUAUGACUUGCGGGUCUAUUUUAUGGAUUAAUUUCGAAAUGAUUGAAUAUAUCAGGUUCAGAAUUCGUCACCUCAAAAGCUUGUUAGUGAGCGGAUUAGAGGAAACCAAUAAACUUUCCCAGAAAGCUCUUAUUCACCAAGCUCUGAAAUAUCAUGAAGAAAUUCUAAGAAUGGGUCGUUUGGCCAAUAAAUUUUUUGGUACAGAGUUAUUUCUACAUGUAAUUUUAACUGGGGCUAUAGUGGGAGUCACUGCUUUCCAGAUGAUCGAUACCCAAUCUCUGGAUCUAGUAAUGCUUUUCGUUGGAUGGGUGAACGCUAUAAUAAUGGGAUGUGUUUCAGGACAACGUUUAAUAAAUGAGAGUUUGACUAUUCCAGAUAUUUUGUAUCUGGUAGACUGGCACGAGCUUGACAUUGAUAUACAAAAGGAUUUAUUAUUAUUUCUUUUAAGGAGUAAAAUACCUAUGCAUAUUAAGGCUGGCAAUGUUAUAAUGACUAACCAACUAAUUAUCGAGGUAUAG